AUGGGGGGGACAGUUAAUAGAGUGCGAGCUGACCUGCGGGCAAUGAUACAUCAAAUAAAUGACAAUGAUAAGCGUAGAUGGCCACCUCUUCCCCCGCAGCCACGAGCCACGUUUGACGAGUUUGACCAGAAGGGCAUAAUUUACCCUCAUGAUGACCCGCUGGUGGUGACAAUGAGAAUUGCAAACUGGGAGGUGGAUAGAAUACUGAUAGACGGAGGCAUCUCAGCCAACAUCAUAUACAUCAGUGCGUUCAAUGAGAUGAAGUUGGACAAAAAAGACCUGAAGAGAGUAAACUACGAGGUCAUCGGGUUUAAUGGCUCGGGGCUUACCCCAGAAGGCAUAAUCGAACUCUUAGUCCGGGUAGGAGAGAGGUCAAGAAGGCGUGAUGUCCGAGCAGAAUUUCUCGUGAUAAACUCCCCUUCACCCUACAAUGUAAUCAUGGGAAGACCGCUCAUCCACAAGAUAGGCGGGGUGGUAUCCACUUACCACCUGGCCAUGGCUUACACAACUAAUGAGGGUCGGUUAGCAAAGCUUAGGGGAAGCCAGAAGACAGCCCAACAAUGUUACAUAAAUGCCUUAAAGCAGCCUGCCAAAACCAGACAGCAGUGCAGUUGUGAGAAGGCUCCCAGAGCAACCUAA